AGAUCCUGUAAGUUUAAUUUUUAGAUUGUGUGGAGUUGAGAUAUAAUCAAAUGGUUUGCUGUGACACAGGGGUCCAGACAAAGUCACCCAGGACCCGAUGCGCAGCUUUGUACUGAAGCAACAGGGGGUAAAGCACAGUGGAGGUGUAGCCGGUGCUGAAAUCCCUCUUGCCUUGGCAGCAUAGGGACACACACUCUAACCUAUCUAUAACUUAUUUGUCAUAUUUGGUAGCGGCGCGCAAAGGACAGGCGCGGGCGAUACCUUUACGCGCGGUUGGAGCUGUGUGAAUUUCUCAAGGGCUUGAUGCAAGAGAAGAGGGCGGUCAAAGUGUAGGGGGAAUCAGCGCGCCUUGCUCUAGCGACACUUUCACUCUCAGCUCAGCGCCUGUUAGACAGCGUCUCCCACGUGUCAUUUAUUGUCGGUCCGGGGCAGAGGACACGCAUGCUUGACAAGACCUCCGCGCACUUGAUGCCCGCUUUGGUGAUGCCAUGCCCCGGAACCACAGCGGAGACGAAGCCAGUACCGGGCUCUGGAUGAGGACAUCGCCGGGGCACCGUACCGAAGGCUACGGCUUGAAAGAUGUGGAAUCCGGACGACGGAUGAUGAAUAACGCGAGAGACGGUUUGCUGUCAACCUCCACCGCCGCAGGUACUGCCGGGUCCGAGAGAAUGAGAGGGAAGCAGGGCGCCAGGCUCAGCUUGCUGGGGAAGCCGCUAAUAUACAGCGCGCAGAGCGGCCGGAGAAACGUGCGCUACAGGCGGCUGCAAAACUAUCUGUACAAUGUGCUGGAGCGACCGAGGGCCUGGGCGUUCAUCUACCAUGCGUUCGUGUUCAUCUUGGUCUUCAGCUGCCUGGUGCUCUCUGUGUUCUCAACCAUCCCAGCUCAUCAGGACUUCUCCUCCCACUGUCUUCUCAUUCUGGAGUUUGUGAUGAUUGUGGUUUUUGGGUUCGAGUACAUCAUCCGUAUUUGGUCAGCAGGAUGCUGCUGUCGCUACAGAGGGUGGCAGGGACGGCUGCGCUUUGCCAGGAAGCCCUUUUGUGUCAUAGACAUCAUAGUCCUCAUAGCGUCAGUAGCGGUGGUGUCAGCGGGCAGCCAGGGCAACAUCUUCGCCACCUCAGUCCUGCGGAGCCUGCGCUUCCUGCAGAUCCUACGCAUGGUGCGAAUGGACCGAAGAGGAGGCACCUGGAAGCUGCUGGGAUCUGUAGUCUACGCACACAGCAAGGAACUGGUAACCGCCUGGUACAUUGGCUUCUUGGUUCUCAUCUUCUCUUCAUUUCUUGUCUAUCUUGUGGAGAACAAAUUCAACAAGGACUUUGCUACCUACGCUGAUGCCUUGUGGUGGGGGACGAUCACCCUGACAACCAUUGGCUAUGGGGACAAGACACCAAAGACAUGGACAGGACGGAUGCUGUCCGCAGGGUUUGCUCUCUUGGGCAUCUCCUUCUUUGCCUUGCCAGCAGGUAUUCUGGGCUCAGGCUUUGCCCUGAAGGUCCAGGAGCAGCACAGACAGAAGCACUUUGAGAAAAGGAGAAACCCAGCUGCCUACCUCAUCCAGUGUGUUUGGCGUAGUUAUGCGGCUGAUGAGAACUCGGUUUCCAUUGCUACCUGGAAGCCUCACUUAAAGGCGUUGCAUACCUGCAGCCCUACAAAGAAAGAACAUGGCGACUCAACCACAAGCCAGAAGUUGAGCUUCAAGGAACGGGUGAGAAUGGCAAGCCCUCGAGGUCAGAGCAUAAAGAGCAGGCAGACAUCUUCAGUGAAUGAUCGGCGGUCACCGGUGGCUGAGGCUGGAACAGAGGGCACCAGCCCCGCCAAGGUGCAGAAGAGCUGGAGCUUCAAUGACCGCACACGCUUCAGACCUUCACUCCGCCUUAAGAGUCAGUCCCGCUCCACUACUGAUGCAGACUCCAACUUGGCAGGGGAGGAUGGCUUUGAUGAGAAGGGCUGUCAUUGCGAGAUUUCAGUGGAAGACUUGCUGCCCUCGGUCAAGUCUGUCAUUAGAGCUGUCAGGAUAAUGAAGUUCCAUGUAGCCAAGAAGAAGUUUAAGGAGACGCUGCGUCCAUAUGAUGUGAAGGAUGUGAUUGAACAGUACUCUGCCGGUCACUUGGACAUGUUGUGUCGCAUCAAGAGCCUGCAGACCAGGCUGGACAUGAUUGUAGGCCCACAGCCCCUGAACCACAGAGCCAAGACCUUUUCCACUCCCUCCCUGCCUGUCUAUUACAGCCAGGGCAGAAAGAACUCCACCCAGGGAGUGGAUCAAAUCCUCGGGAAGGGCCAGAUCCCUCUAGACAAAAAGAUUCGAGAGAAGCUGCUGUCUGAUGGAGAUAUAUUAGAGGACAUGAGCAUGCUGGGUCGUGUUUGUAAGGUGGAGCGUCAGGUCCAGUCGAUUGAGUCAAAACUUGACUCCCUGCUCGACAUCUAUCGACAGGUUUUGCGUAAGGGCUCAUCUUCAGCCCUAACCCUCGCCUCUCUCCCCCUGUUUGAGCUGGAACAGACCUCUGACUACCACUCCUCUGUCUUCACCAAGGACUUGUCCUGCUCCACCCAGGUCAGCAGCAGUGGAGUGCCUCCACCUGGUGGUGGCUUCACACGCUCUACCAGCCUUUCCCAGGGUGGACUACAUCUCAACCUCAAUCUCAAUGCCUCCUCCUCCACACCUCCCUCUGGCCUCGCAUCCUCCUCUUUCAGCCCGUCAGUGCUGCCUCAUCACCACCACCAAUAUUAUCAUGCUCAUCAUCCCCACUAUCAUCAUAUUCAAGCUCAGGCCACCACACCUGAGAGUGGCACAGAUGAGGCAGUAGGGAGCUCUCCACCCAUCCUCACCCCAAAUAGUAUCAGCAGUGGAGUUGUAGGAGAUGGAGGGUUUCCUCUUCUGGCGAGACUUCCACCACCGCCCCCUCCCAACCGAAGCACUGGCUCAAGCAACUUGGUGCGACAGACCUCCACAGAAGUAUCGCCAGACAUGGAAGACUUCUGUAGAGGUCUAGGGACACAGAUGGAGGACAACAGUGUCAGGAAGGACCUUGACCUUGGGAUGGGGCUAGACAGUCUGGGGCAGCAGCUAAAGGGUAGCACCAACAGCAAUGGCAGGCUAAACCCUAAAGAGGAGGGCUCCUGGAGGAGGCAUAUGAGCCUGGAGCUGGAGCCCCUGGUGCCGCCUGAGCUUGGUUGUUGCUCUGGUCCCAGCCCGAUGGACCGAGGCUUGGGCAAGUCCAUGUCAGUGCAGGACCUGAUGCAGGUAGCUCCGGGGACUGUCCAGGACCCCCACCAUAGCUACAGCUUGUCAUCUCCAAGUCCCAGUACUAGCAGUGACUCUCCUACUGGUUUCCACAGCUGUAACCAAGACCCUGGGGGAGGAGUAGGAGGUGGUAGUGUGGGUAGGAGUGCUAGAGAAGGAUGGGCUGAGGAGGACCUCUGUAUCAGUGACAGAGACAUAGAAGCACAGAGAUUUGACUUCCUGUCACAGGGGACUGCUGAGGUCCCGUCCUACUCUUUGGAGCUGCUGAGGACAGAGGGCAGAGCAGGGGAAGGGUCUCGGGGCUCGAACCGUAGCCUGGCCAGUAGUCACGCAUCCUCGCCCUGCAUUGGCAGCACUGAACUGCUGAAUAUGCCACAUGUACGACUAAAAUAGAAGCAGCUACAGGUUCAGAAGGCACAAAACUCCCGCCUCUGAGACGCUUUAUCCUUUUUUGAAGGAAACAGGCAGGUGGGAAUUUAACAUGGGUCCUUUUUUUUGUUUAUUUACAUGUUUAUCUGUUUGAUAAGAAUCACAGUAUUUUCAUACAGGCUGAUCACAUGCAGCAUACCAUUGCAUGAGUUUUUCAAGUUUUAAAGUGUGACUGAGAAAUCUGAGACAAAAGACAUAGGUUUGUGAAAUGGGAGCACAGACCAUCAAAACCCAAGACAUUACUGACUUGGCCACGAAAGGCGGUUGUUAUAUGACCCUGAGACACAACAUUAAAAUUGCAUGUUUUCAGUGAAAGGUACCAUUUUUACUGACCAUUUUCAAAUGUAGGCAGUACAGUCUCACAUUUUUCUAAGCUCCAUCGGUUUUCAUUGAUUUCCACAGAAUAAAUCAAACAGUAGACUCUUGAAAGAUGCUUGAGUGGUGGAGGUCAGAGUGAAUGUCAGGUAAUCUUUGUCACUGUAAAUGACAUUGUGGAGUUGUGCAGUUUCAGUGUAGAAAAGUCUGCACUGCAUUACCUCAAAGACGUCACAGUAACAGAAAUUACUUGAAUUGCUUGAAACAAAAAAGUAUUAAACUUCUGCCAACAGAUUUGCAGGUCAUACUGCCUAAAUGAAAUGCAUUCGAAUUGCAGAAACUCUAUGUCUUAAUGUCCAUUUAUAGUAAAUAAGUUAAAACAUGCAAAACCACAGGACUGGUCAUUUAAACUUUAAGUUGAUGGGUAUCUUAUAACAACCACCAACUGUUAGGAGGAGUACGGCAGGACAGAAAUGUCAGGACUGCUGUAACUGCCAAGUAUGGAUGCUUAACGAUGUCUCUUCUGCCAACAGCCAGCUUUACUACAAGGCGCACCAUGGUCAAAGUACAUACUUGCAUGUUCGCACCUGUACGUGCACCUGUACAGAUAGGAAUGCCUAUUACGCACAGCCUGCUGUGAUGUUACAUGUCCAUUAUGCUGUGGAUCUAAGGGACAGUCCAGAGGAGAGGAACAAGUUGUUUCUUACGUUUCAGAUUAGUUAUGCAUUGAUCAGUUGGUUUUCCAGCUGAAAGCCAUGGAAUAAAAACAUCUUGAAUGUCAUCAUUUCCUGGUUUAAACAACAGUUUGUUAUUGUGUCAGGAUUGUCUUAGCAAAGCACUUUUAGUUUGGCAUCAGAUACACUGAAAGAAAUGUUCAGAAAUCUAUCAUUGUACUGCAUUUGGCUGUUUGCCACCUUCUUUUUAUGAAAAGAUGAUCCUAUUUAAACCAUGGUCAAUGUUUGCUUUUUCCACAGUGUCAUGUGGGAUUAUUUUUGCUUCCUUGAAGUGGGCUCAACUGCAGAAUGUAUUGCUUAUUUUAUUAUUAACAUGAGCAGAAAAACCUAUUGCGGGAACUGAUAGGCAGCAACAUCCAGAUGAGUAACGAACAAUUGUUGCAUGUUAAAGAUCAGGUGCAUCAGACGAGGUUAAGUGGUUCUCUUCAAGUUGUAGGAAAACAAUAACAGGACCACAAGAUGCAACUAUACUACUCAUAAAGAAUCCAAAGCCUCACUGGUGAAUAAUCACCCCUAGACAUCAGUACCUCAAUGAAGUGUGAAGACCCAUAUCAUAGACCAGAACAUGUGAAGGAGGCUUGGGGUCAGUUUGCUUUUAAGAAGUGGAUUUUACUUUCAAAUAUUUGAAUAUGCUUUGCAUGAAGAGGUCGUCAUAUCCAAACCUAUUAACAACUGAGAAUGAAUGAAUGAAUGCCAUAUCAUCAAGACAAAUCUCUUUAUGGUUCGGACUUUUUGCAAGUGAGAAAAAAAUAGGUGCCUUGCUUUUGUGGUACAUAUUCAUCUCCAUAUCAACAAUCCUGAAAGGUGCAUUACAGCAGGUUCCUCUGAACAGAGAUGGCUGUACUGUCUUCAUGUUCUCUCCCUGUAAAUGUUCUGAAUUGAGGAAUUUUACAGUUUUUUAUUCUGAGAUCAUUUUGCUACUGGGCAUAAAACGAUCUUUUGACAUCUUAACAUUCUGACUAAUUUCUUUUAAUUUAUUUAAAUUAUGUGCACAUAUUUACAUGCUAGUACUAAUCUCAAAUUUAUGAAGCCUGUAAUGUAAUGAAAAUGCAAGUGAACUUUUAUUCUCCUUCACCAAUAAAAAAACUUCUAUGAAGAGUUUCUUUUGUUGCUUUCUCAUGGUCAUUCAGUACUGAGGUAUAGCAGACUCAGCAAUGAUACGUACCAGGAACAAACACAAACUUUAUAUCUCUUUACUUUUAUGAACAUAUGAUCACAAUUAACAGUGAUUAAGGUGCAUGAACUAAACAGUAACUAACAUUUAACAGAGCUACUGCUAGGGAGCUUAAUUCAAGCAAAGUGCUAUGCAUGAAGACACCGUUUCUGAAACUAGUUUCUCUAAGGUGCAAAGAGGAACAUGCAAGCAGCCAAUCUACCUAUGGCUAGUAAGCACACCUCUCUUAAAGCUAGAGCACAGAGCGUUACUUUGACAAACACCUCGCAAAAGAACAUCUCUGCCUCAUUACUGGUGCUAAGCAGCUAAAUUUAUUAGCUAAUUCGAUGAACAGCUUAAUCC